ACAAAGGAAGAAAGAAAUAAUAGAAAAGAAAGGAAUACAAAAGAAAGGAGAAACAAAACAAAACAGAGAGAAGGAGGAAAUGAAGAGAGAAGAGAAAAAAAGGAAUUAUGAAAGAACAGAUAGAAAAAGACUAUUUACAGCUAUGGGAAUGAAUGAAUGAAUAAAUAAGUAAUGGAUAGAUAUAGAAGAAAGAUACAUAAUAGAAGAAAGAAAGAAAGAAAGAAAGAAAGAAAGAGAAAACAAGAAAAAAGGACAGAGAAGGAAGCAAGAAAUUAAGGAAGAAAAUAGAUAGAUAGAUAGAUAGAUAGAUAGUCAAAGGAGAAAGAAAGAAAGGAAGAAAGAAAGAAAGAAAGAAAGAGAAAUCAAGAAUAAAGGAAAGAAAAUGAAGCAAGGAAGAAAAUAAAUAGAAUAGAAUAGGAUAGAUAGAUAGAUAGAUAGAUAGUCAAAGGAGAAAGAAAGAAAGAGAAAACAAGAAAAAAGGACAAGGAAGCAAGGAAUUAAGGAAGAAAAUAGAUAGAUAGAUAGAUAGAUAGAUAGUCAAAGGAGAAAGAAAGAAAGAGAAAACAAGAAAAAAGGACAAGGAAGCAAGGAAUUAAGGAAGAAAAUAGAUAGAUAGAUAGAUAGAUAGAUAGAUAGUCAAAGGAGACAGAUGAAACCAAAGUAAGAAAGAAAGAGAAAAUAAGACAGAACCAAAAUAAAGACGGGAUAGAUAGAUAGAUAGAUAGAUAGAUAGAUAUCACAUCAUAUUACAUGUCAUAUACAAGUAAGAACUGACUAAGCCCCGCCCAUUGUUCCCUAUGCCAACCCAGUGGGCGUGGUUAUUCCCAGGUCUCAGCGCACAUUAGACUCCGGUUGAGUUAAAAGCGUUACCGCACCGGCGGCGGUCUGAUCCCGACUACAGCAGUGUGUUCUGUUUUACCAAGAAACCUACAUUUCCGACACAGUCACUGAUUUGCAGUGAUUUGUUUUUGGAUCAUAUCAGCGUUCGAGGAAGAAAAAAACAGUUAUUUAAUUAUUGUUAACGCAUCAGAACGAUGCUCUGAAAAGAAAGUCGGACCUGGAUUAUUUACAGAGUUGUUUAUAAAGAGCACGCAAUCUGGAUAAAGAAGCAAGGACGGAAUUGGGCGGAGUUUGUUAUUUGUUUUUGUAUUUAUUUAUUUUUUGUAUAUCGAAUAUCUGAAAUAAUCCGACUUCAGCUCCUGAUCUGGAGAUUCCCGUUAUUUAUUGAUUUGCCAGGUUUGAUAAUCCCGGGAUUGACUCUUGUAAUCCCAUUUCAUACCGUCAUGGAUCCGAUGUGGAAAACUCUGCUCGCGCUGUUUCUCAUCGCGUGCAGACUGAAACUCUCCAUGUCCACGAUUUUGGAGUCCAUUUACUGGAACACGUCAAAUACAAAGUUCGUGCCCGGGAAAGGCAUCACCCUGUACCCUCAGAUUGGGGACAAAAUGGACAUUGUGUGCCCCCGACUCAGGCCGGGCCAGAGCGCGAGCACCCGUAUCGAAUAUUUCCGUGUGUACCAGGUCACACAGGAACAGCUCGAGAGCUGCAGGGUGGCGAAGGGCAGUGGGGCGCUGCUGAACUGCGACAAGCCCGACCAAGACGUCAAGUUCACCUUCAAGUUCCAGGAGUUCAGCCCCAACCUGUGGGGCCUCGAGUUCUUCAAAGGCAAAGACUACUACAUCAUCUCUACAUCGAACAGCACGUUAGAAGGCCUGGACAACACAGAGGGCGGCGUGUGCAAAACCAAAUCCAUGAAGCUGGUGCUCCGAGUGGGACAGAGUCCUAGUGACGCAGUCUCUGCAAAAGAACUUCCCAAAUAUGAAAGUGACCACCAAAGCACCUCCAGUAAAGACAACGAUGUGCUCAGCAAAGGCGAACAAGAUGGAAAAAGCGGCGAGUCCGUGGGUGUGUCAGGCUCCGAGGUAGCCCUGUUCACCGGUUUGGCCUCGGGAGCCUUCGUCUUGGUGGUUCUCGUCAUCGUAGUGCUGGUGGUGUUCGCACGCCGGCGCCGCCGCAAGCACUCGGCUCAGUGUUCAGCCCCGCUGGCGCUGCACCGCAUCCCCAAACGCAGCAACAACAACAAUGGCUCGGAGCGCAGCGACAUCAUCUUCCCGCUGCGAGCCUCCGACAGCUACUACUGCCCCCAUUACGAGAAGGUGAGCGGGGAUUACGGCCACCCGGUCUACAUCGUCCAGGAAAUGGAGCCCCAGAACCCGGCCAACGUUUACUACAAAGUCUGA